AUGAGCAAGCACAAGAGCAGAGUGGCAGCAGAUAAGUAUUUUGUAACAACAGAAAGCAAGAGUGUAGACUGUCACGCCAUGGCGGAUAUGAUGCAUGUAAUUGUAACAGACAGUAUAGCAGUGGAAGCCACCAGUGAAGUUAGUGAAGAAGACUUGGGAGAGGAAUACAGCAAGCUAAACAAAUUAUUUAUAUUGUCGUGUAUGUCAGUGAUGGAAAGCGGAGAAAGUUUAAUGCCGCUAUUUACACAGUACAAAUCAUUUAUCAAACUGAUUAAGGAGAAUGAACAAAUGCAUUCUGGAGAAUUUGAGUUUUCACUAUCUGAUUGCCAAUUGCCUGUAGGAUCUAGGACGAAGAAUACAAAGCAUCAAUGCUCACAGAGUGGGAUGUACAAGUUCCUUACAAAUUAUUUUGGAGUGGAAUGUCCGAAUACGAACAUAAAUGACGAGUUUGUGGAUUCACUAGAGGAAUUCAAGAGAAUGGAGCGGAUGUCAGACUUUCCUUUCAACGAGCCUGUUCACCACACAAAAGGAAGUGGAAUGAUUCUUUCACUUUCACUUUCGAGGAUGGAGGAUGUUGGUAAUCACAACAGAAAAGUGUUUGAAACGAUAACAAAGCUGAGAAAAGAGAAGAAUGCACUUACAUAUGUAAAGAAUCCGAUGUUUUUUGAAGAAAGCUCUGAUGAAGAAGGCUAUGAAGGAGAUACGCCGAUGAUUAGGGAGGUAGUUGGAUGUGCACAUUAUGAGAGUGGAAAGUACAAGUUUCUUUGUGAUCUUGUCCUCAGGGGAGUGUCUAGCAAGAGCUGUAAUUACAUAAACAUGAGGCGAGGAAAGCGGACAAUCUUUAGACAUCUUGAUGGAAGGCAGAUAAGGAUGACACACAGCAAAGGGGAAGAUGUGGUUUACAUGCUUGUCAUGAAGACAAUGGAGAUAUACAAGCUUGUGUGUAGGCAUCCAAGCAUUGCUCUGAAGAUAUAUGAGCAUUUGAAAAGUGCAUGGAUUGAUUGA